CCUAUAUCCGCCCCAUCCCUGGGCUGGGUGUCACCCUCCCCCUGUUAUUGUCAGGAAGAGGUUCGGCGCGGUGCAUGCUGGGGAGCGGCAGCACACCGGAAGUGGGGCAGUGAGUGAGUGAGCAGCAGCGGAGUUUUAAAACAUGGCCGACAUGCAGAGUCUGGUUACUCGUCUGGAGAAAGCUGUGGUGAAACUUGAAAGCCUUGCUGCAGGAUCAGGUGGUGCAGUUGAAUCUGCAGAUGCAGCCAAGUAUGUCCAGGCAUACGAUUCCCUAAUUAAUGGACCUGUGGGAGAAUUCCUAAAAUACAGCAGUGAUAUUGGAGGAGAUGUAAAGACACAGGCUGAGAUGGUCCUCACUGGUAUUAAUUUGCAGCGGGAAGUUCUGGUAAAAGCAUCUCAGUGUCAACAGCCAGCAGAUAAGGAUCUGGCUACUUUUCUUGCACCUCUGUCUAGCAAGAUUCAGGAAAUCCAAAAUUUUCGAGAGAAGAAUCGAGGAAGUAAACUGUUUAACCAUCUGUCAGCAGUUAGCGAGAGUAUUCCAGCCCUAGGCUGGGUGGCAAUGGCUCCCAAGCCAGGACCUUUUGUGAAAGAAAUGAUGGACGCUGCCACAUUUUAUACAAACAGAGUGCUGAAGGAAUACAAAGAUGUGAGUAAGAAUCAUGUGGACUGGGUUCGGGCAUAUUUGAACAUUUGGACAGAGCUGCAGGCCUAUAUAAAAGAGCAUCACACAACUGGCCUGAGCUGGAGCAAGACUGGACCAAAAGCUGGAAGUGCCCCUUUAGCACCAUCUGCUCCUUCAGCUCCAAAAGUGGGACCAGGACCUCCACCUCCUCCACCAGGUGGCCCACCACCUCCUCCUCCUCCUCCUCCACCAUCAUCUGCUCCUUCGCAAGCUGAUGACACUGUGACUCGCUCCCAGCUAUUUGCAGAACUCAACAAAGGAGAGGACAUCACCAAAGCACUCAAACAUGUUCCAGAUACCAUGAAGACUCAUAAGAACCCUCUUCUAAAGAAAUUGGGAGGACCCAAACCUUUUACUACUCCGAAGCCUUCUGUUUUCACUCCUUCAGGCAAACCAGUUGCAAAGAAGAAGGAACCAACUGUUUUGGAGCUGGAGGGCAAGAAAUGGAGAGUGGAGAACUAUGAGAAUGCUACUAAUUUAGAAAUCACGGAUACUGAGCUGAAGCAAGUGGUUUACAUUUAUAAGUGUGUAAACAGUACUAUAAAAGUGAAAGGGAAGAUAAACUCCAUCACUGUUGAUAACUGCAAGAAGCUUGGCCUGGUAUUUGAAGAUGCUGUCGGAAUUGUAGAGAUCAUCAACUCAAAGGAUGUGAAGCUGCAGGUAUUGGGUAAAGUGCCAACAGUAUCUAUCAACAAGACUGACGGUUGCCAUGUUUACUUGAGUAAAGACAGUCUAAAAUGUGAGAUAAUCAGCGCCACAUCAUCAGAGAUGAAUAUUCUAGUCCCGGGCAGUGAUGGAGAGUUUAGCGAGUUUCCAGUGCCUGAACAGUUCAAGACGGUCUACAAUGGCCAGAAGUUGGUGACUACAGUGACAGAGAUUGCAGGAUAAAUGUGGCAUGUGUUGGAUGUGUCCUCCAUGGCCUUUCUUGUUUUCUCUGCUGCUUCUCUCUUUUGAGGAUUACUCUAGCUGUAAGGUAGAAACAUCAUGCUCCCAGCUCUCUGCUGAAUAAUGUCCUGCUGUACCACACUUAAUUAGUGCCAGAAGCCCACGGAGACUUGCCCUUGCUAAUCUCUUGUUCAUUCUCCUUGUGCCAGUUUAAAAAGGGGUUUGGGAUUUCUACUUUCGCCAGAAUUGGGUGGAUGAUCAAUAAAUGGUUAGUUGGACCAAAGUAACAAAUGGGGGUAUUGAGCACUUUGUUGGUGGGUUUAAUACAUUUCUUGGUCUCAGACUGCACACUGGGCCUGUUUAGAACCUCUACCCUCUUGAAUCAGUCUUGGCCAUUCAUAUGAGCACUUCCAGAGUUAACUCUUUUUGUAUUCUACAAAAAACCUUCCGAAAUAUGCAACUUUUUUUUUCCUGUAAUCAUUUUUUUUUUUUUGCUGAUCUCUCUUCUGUACUGAUGCAGAAACCAAUGUAAUGCCAAUGUGUACUGAACAUUUCCAAUGUGGUAAGCGGGUUUUGCUCUGAUAUUAAAGGAAAACAGGAGCAGCUCCCACACAGACUGUGGAAUAGAAAUUGAGUUUACAAAUCAAGCAUUUUAUUAAAGAUUCAAAGUUAAGCAAAA